UUCGUCGGGGACUAUUUUCGAGUGACGAGAUAAAUCGCCAUUGAAAAACUAGCUCAUAGAUUUGUGUAUCACUUGUGUUGGCAAGAAUGUCCCUGUGUUCAAUAUGGAUAUGUGAUCGUUACAAAGGUUAGUCUGUUCGCAGACUAUUCCAGUUAGGGUUUUAUUACCCUCUGAAGGACAGAAAUUAUUUGUGUGGAGGACUGUGGAAAGGAUAUGUCUUACUCAACUUCGGCUUCUUGGGUUCUUUCACCAUGUUUACCGAGCAUAUUGAAAGGAAUGAUAGUACUGUGUCAGAUAUGACGGAUGUGGGAUCAGUCACAAGGUGCUGUAGGUGUUUGCGUUAUUUACAGGACACUGCAAACGGGGAUCCGCCUUACGCAGUUUCUAUUCCCAUCCUUUCUAUUCAGGGACCUAAUUUUCAUUCAAGUCGACGAAGAAAUAGGUCAUACUGUGAACACUUUUUGUGGUACCACUCUUUAAUCAUACAGCAAAACACGUAGCAAAUGUUACACGUAGCAAGUGGAAUACUUAUUUAGAAGCAUCGUUAAUUUAAUCAAUGACAUUAGUGUGCCUGACUCUGUAGACACGUAAGGCACUGUGUCGGACUAUGUAUUCCAUUCGUAAGGAAGCUGAAACAAAAGCAAUUCGCCACAAGAUUUCGGAUUGCGAGUUGAAAAGUUUUACAAUCAUGAGUCAUAUUUGGAUGUAUUCUUGACGUUAAACAAUGACCAUAAAAUAUGGUAUUGGUAUUGAAUAGUGCUAUUAAAUGUACAUAACUAGUUUGUGACUUGGAUAAUUAGAUCCAUUUUAUUUAUUAGUUUGUUGUGUGCAAUUUUAUUUCCUUUUGAGUGUUAAUUGAAUGAAGAUGAGUAAAAACCAUUCUUCAAUUGCUAUAAAUGGAGAUUUAUCUCAUAAACAGAUUGAAAAUGCAGAAGAUACGACAGUUCAGGGGACUGUCAAACCAUCGUAUUCCAUAGGUCGACAGAGACGAUUACAUACAGGGAUGGGCCAGAAAAUCACACACAAGUCUGAUAAAGGAGAUUCUCAGUCUUAUUCUGCUGAUCAGAGCCCUGUUUUAAGAACAAACAAUAGGAAUAAGAUACGGGAUCGCAGGAAGUGCAUUUCAGAGGAUAUAACAGGAAAAGUAGAAUCGCAAUAUGAGAAAAGUGGGAAGUCUUCGUGUUUUCCAGGACGAUUCCCGACGAAAGACAGCGGUAUCAAAAGAGAUAGGUCAUCAAGUAUAAAAUCUGAUUCAUCAGAUGUUGAACCUGCAGGGAAAAGUUCACAAAAUGUAGAUAAUAAAUCAAGGACUAGUGAGAGAUCCAAUGACUCGAGUAACAACUCUGACGAUUCUGUGACAAAAUCAUUUCAGAUCAAGAAAGUUGAGGAAAACGAAGAUAUGUUUAGAAAGGAGCGAAAGUUUAGUUCUUUUUCUGGACGAAAAUUAAAGCAGCCAGCUAAAAGGAGAUCAUUUGAAGUAUGUACUGUAAAAAGUAGUAGUCCAAAACCUGUUCCUGAAGGUUCCGCUACUGAUUUGGAUAUUAAUGACACGGACAAACCUGCAAUAUAUCCAGAGGAUAUCUCUUCCCAAAGUACUGCAGAUAGUGCUAUUAGUCUUGGUGUACUCAGUAGUACAUCCAUUAAAGAAUUGGAAUCUGGUGAGGUGCGUAGAGAUUCUCUGUUAGAUGCAGGAAUAGCUGAAAAGAUUGUGAAGAAAAUUGAUGGUGAGGUUGCGAAAAAGGAGGACGAGGUUGAUGAAAAAGCAGAAAAGGCUGUUGCAACUUCUCCAGAUGGACGUUUUAUGAAAUUUGAUGUGGAAAUUGGCAGAGGCUCAUUCAAAACUGUUUAUAAAGGAUUAGACACUGAAACAGGAGUAGCAGUUGCAUGGUGUGAAUUACAGGACAAGAAAUGGAACAAAUCUGAAAGACAAAGAUUUCGGGAAGAGGCUGAAAUGUUGAAAGAACUGCAGCAUCCAAACAUCGUCAGAUUUUAUGACUCCUGGGAAGAACCAAAUCCAAGGAACAGGAAAGUUAUUGUACUUGUUACUGAGCUCAUGACUUCUGGUACAUUAAAAACGUACAUCAAAAGGUUGAAAAAGAUUUAUCCCAAGGUACUGAAGAAUUGGUGUAAGCAGAUAUUGAAGGGCCUUUACUACCUGCAUAUGAGGACACCUCCAGUUAUUCAUCGAGAUCUUAAAUGUGACAACAUCUUCAUCACUGGUACAACAGGAUCUGUCAAGAUUGGUGACCUAGGGUUGGCAACGCUGAAGAACAAAUCAUUUGCUAAAAGUGUCAUAGGUACGCCAGAAUUUAUGGCUCCUGAAAUGUAUGAAGAGCACUACGAUGAGUCUGUGGAUGUGUAUGCCUUUGGGAUGUGCAUGUUGGAGAUGGCAACGUCAGAGUACCCAUACAAGGAAUGUUCUAAUGCAGCACAGAUCUACAGACGGGUGACAAGUGGAGUAAGACCAGAAGCAUUUUCCAAAGUGGAUGGUGCUGAAACCAAGGAAAUCAUAGAUGCCUGUAUCAGAUCAAAAAUAGAAGACAGAUACACAGUGAAAGAUUUGCUCCAGCACAACUUCUUUCUAGAAGACAAUGGACUCAAAGUUGAAGUGGUAACACGAGAGGAAGAAGAAAUUGACGCUGCAUCAGUUCAGCUAAGACUGCGUGUUGUUGACCCAAAGAAACGUAAAGACAGACACAAAGAAAACGAGGCCAUUCAGUUUGACUUUGACAUCGAAAACGAUGUGCCAGAAGAAGUUGCUCAAGAGAUGGUCAAGUCAGGUUUUCUUCAAGAGGAAGAUGUAAAGAUUGUAAGCAAGCAGAUACGUGAUAGGAUAAGUGUGGUGAGGAGAGAUAUAGGUCGCAAAGCUGCAGAGGCUCAAAGCAAAAGUGAGCAACAUGGAGGUUCACAGCUGCAGCUUCAUCCCUCUCAACAGCAGAUUUCCCACAGUACCAGUACCACUGAUGUGUCGACAAUGGUGGACAGCCAGGCCCCAUCACAAACACAGCAACAGUCACAGCCACACUUGCACCAAACCACUGUAUCCCAAAGCCAGGUUGUCCAGUCUCAAUCUACUGUCUCUCAGUCCUUGUCUCAGCAUCAGUCACUCACACAGCAAACCUACGCUUCCAGUGAAGAGGCUCUGGCCAGUGCAAGUCCUGAUGGUGAGACGAAACCUCCUGCCCAGCAUUCCCAACCUCUACCACAACAGCAGGCCAAACCUUUGCAAGAAAAGAUGGAGGUAGAACCAAUACAGGAUGGCCAGAGUAUACAGGUACCUGGUCACUCAGCGUUAUCCCUGGGUCCCGUAGAAGCAAUGUCUCCCAUGAAACCCGUAGGAACAUCACAAAAUAAUGCUGCAGGGUCAUCAAGUCGAAUUCAAAUGAAGGCUGCCAACCUGGAACAACUGAACAUAUCCGCUGCUCAGCAACAUCAGCAACAGACCGGAGCAUCUAAGCCUAUCCAGUCCAGCAGUGUGUCUGCCACUCCUUCCUCUACAAUCUCUAAUAGCCUGUCUUCUGGAAACCUCAACGAUGAACACAGAGAGAGCGAGAGUGAAAUGACUGGUAAAGGGGAAGACAGAAAAAGACGAACUCGGCCAAAAAGACGAAAGACAUUGGAAAGGGCUCCAAGACUAACAAUUCUUAGUUAUGAAGCCGACGAUGAGGAAGUAGAAUGCCGUUUGGACUUAUCAAACAGAAACACAGUCACUUUUAAAUUUGCAUUAGAAAAUGACAAGCCAAAUGAGAUUGCUGAAAGUUUGGUACAAGAGGACAUACUUCCAGAAGUACAGUCCAUAAUGAUCAUCAAACUUCUCCAAGAGGUGUUUAAAAUGGUGACAGAGGAUCCAGCCAAGGCUAUGCAUGUUUGUCUGAGCUACGUCAGCACACCCUCAUCAAGUCCAAGCUCUAUCAGAAAGGCCAGGCCUCCCACUGAUUCAGAUGCUGCAAAGAAACUCUUUGAUGGUGAACUGGAACAAACAUCAGAUGAUGGUCGACAAGAGGUUGGAGUUCAUGUCGUAACUGAAAGGAAACAGGAUGAGGCAGCCAGAACAGAGGAGUCCCGUGUGGUAGAAAGCAAAAACAGAAGCUUCAUUGUGAGCAGAGUUCCAGAAAAGACAGUGUUAGAUUCUAAAAUUUCUGAGGAUGAUGGAGGGGAAUGGGACAAUUAUGUGUCACCAGAAAAUACACAGAAAUCGUUGCCAUCGUCUAGCACAACAACAAUUAACCACUAUCCUGCAGAUGGUGAUGGCUCUACACUUUCAGAUUCAGAAAAAUCAUUAAAGGGAUCAUCAAAGGUUCCUGUGGACAUAAGUGAUUUGAAUGAAAAACUAAAUCAGCUAACACAGAAGUCUGCACCAGGUCAAGGUGUAGGCUCUCUUCAGCUACCCGAAGGUACUCCAUUCCCACCACAAACAACAGGAAGUGGGGCUGCUCCAACACCUGUUAGUGACAUACACGGUAGUAUGGUGGACCUCCAAAACCAGGGUAAACAGUCAGAUCAACAACAAUCCAAACCAGUUCAGACUUCACAGGCACAACCUCAACAACCAAUUCCACAGAGUGUGUCCGGGGCAACAGUGCAAUCACAGCCUCAACAGUCUUCAGAUGCAUCUGGUCUGUCUGGUUUUCAGCAACAAUUUCAAGGGCAGAGCCAGAACUCCCAGGUUGGUUCUCAUGCAAUGCCACAGUACAUGACCCAGGCUCAGGGUUUGGAAUCGAGUGUUGGUAGUAUACCACAACAGCAACAGAUGUUUCCUCAGUACCCUGGAAUGAUGAUGCCACAUCCGACAAUGUAUUCGGCAGAUCCAUAUAUGUUGCAGGUGCAUUUUUAUCAACAACAACAUGUUCUUCAGCAGAUGGCCUGGAGGCAGUUACAACAGCAACAGAAUCAGCAAGUGCAACAACAACCCAGUGCACAGUCAAUGAAUCAGUUCGGACCACAGAUGUUUAUGCCACCAGUUUUCAUGCCACCAGGACAAAUGGGACAGAUGGGCUUUUAUCCUCCUAUGCAGGCAACACCAGCUCAACAAGGACCAGGUCAACAACAGCCACCGCCUCCACUUCAGGGUGAUGGUGGUGGGGCACCAAUGGGAGAUUCUAAGCCAACGUCACCCUCACAAAGUAGGAAACGACUUGAUCAGGUAGAGGGAGCAGAUCUCCCAUCUCCCAUGCCAAAGAAAGCAGAAUACAGUAUUAAGAGCCUGGAGGAAGGGUUGAAGAAGAUACACGGCAGAAGUAAAGAAAAAGAUUUAAUCGGUGCUAACGGACAGGAUGGACAGAGACAAGGAUUGGAUGUUGGAACGGAUGCUUCACAUUCACAGUUGGAUCAGCUGUCUGAUGAUGGUAGUAUAGGUGAUUUAAGGGAGGACAACGAUCCAGGAGUAGUGUCUAAGCAAACUGAACCUGUUAGACCAUCAAGAUUUAGUGUUAGUAAAGUGAAAGAGGACCCAUUAACACAGCAGAAUGCUCCUGAUUCUGUUGAUGGUGCAGACACAACGAAACGCGAACAAACUGAUGAUGUAGAAGUGAAAGCGACGUUGGAAAAGAUAGUAAAUAAUGUUGCAAAUGAUAACGUAACACUGAGGUGUAGUUCAACAGCAACGCCAAAGAGUCACAGGAAAAGUCGGUUCCUUGUGACUAAAGUUUCCGAGGAACAGAAUACAGAAGAAGGAUCAUCACAAUCUCGGACUGAGGUGGUGGUUGAUAAUGUGGCUGAUGGUGGUGGGGCUUCUAGUGUUAAAGAUCCUUCUGAUUCUAGUCAACUUAAUAUCUCUGACCUAGAGCUGGAUGGUGACCAGAAAGACACUUCCACAGAGACCGGUAAAGAGGAAGCCAAGGAAGAUGGGAUAGAAAAAGAAUUCUUGAGAGGUGGUGAUGAAGAUGCUAAAGAUGCAAAGACGGCAAUCCAGUCAGAGCCAACUCAGAAGCAAGUGAAAGAUGAUUCUUAUCAGCGUUUGGUUAAAGAUCCAGAGUACAAUACCUUGAUGAUGAGGCAUCGAGAAGAAGUGGCUAAACUUCGAGAUAUGAUGACUCGACUUCACAAAAAGCAAGAUGAUGAACUCAAAAAUUUCAUUAAAGUCAAAGGAUAUAAGAUAAAGUUUAUGAUUCCUGCUCCACCACCACCUCCUCCUCUUCCAAGCAUGGGUAAUGGAAAUAUGCUAAGUCCCUUAAAUUUCGCUACGCUUCCAAAUCCUCUCGCAACACAGCUUGUGUCUUCGUGUUCUUCUGUGUCUUCAUCAGGGAGUAUACCUUUGUCUUCAAAAGUUUCAACGAGUGCUCAGAAAUCAAAACUAAAGAUGGCAUUAGGUGAUCCUACAUCUUCCAAGGAUAGUCAGAACGUGCAAUUAAACAACAGACAGCCAGAGGGUAGUGACAAGUCUACUCCAUUAGAUGAUGGUACUGGUGUAAAGCCGCAACAGUUGUCUUCGACUUCUUCUACACAACAAACAGAUUCAGACUGUCUCGUUGAUAGAACAGAUUCAUUAGAGAGUGGGGAAAAUUCAGACCAAAAACUAGACAGCUCUGAUGGCAUAAAAAACUCUGUGUUUAGUUUGGAGGACGGAGAGGAAAGUGACACAAGACUAAAUUCUAGUUCUCACAGUAGGAAAACUAGCACAGACAUGUCUUCAUAUCCUGGAGGCACCAGUGGGGGUAAUUUACAGCCAAAGCAACAAAACGUUGCACAGUUAUCUGCACAACAACUUCAGUUCCUGUAUCAACAACAACAGCAACAACAGUAUCAACAAGCGCCAUUCUUUUAUAGCCCAAGCUUUCAGUUUUCAGGAGGAGGCCAGCUACUUCCUACUUCUGUCCAAACGCAAGUGCCUAGCAAUUUUCCUCAAGGGAGUUCGCUAUACCUGCCCUCCUCAAGCUUUAUGCCAAUGGGAUUCAAUCAACUACAGAGCAAUCCAUACAGUCAGUAUCCACUUUUACCCAACAUGAACUACUCCACUACACAGAGCACCACGACCCAGGCUGCGCCCACACAGGCUAAGGACUCAACAAGUUAACUCAUUCUUUGCCAAAGGUCUUUCAUAUGUUAGUGUUUUAUGCACCUAGCUACUAUAUAAGAUAACUUACAUUCAUUCAAAACAGGCUUGACAAGAUAAUGAAAUUAUUGAUGUUAGUCUGUCUCUGGUGAAGAGGGAACAAAAUGGUUCUUCAAGGGCCAUGUAACAAAAAGUAUUAAUAUGACUAUAUUUGUAUUUUGCAUAUAUGUGUAUCCAACCAGGAAAUUGUAUAAUCAAACCAUUAUGUCACUUAUCAUUUACCUAUUGCAGGGUGUAUUGAUUUCAUUAGUGGUUGAAUGCGAGUAUGUUUAAUUAUUUUGAAAUGUAACAGUUUCAUCAUAUUUUUUAAUUCAUAAUGGGUAAAAUAAAAAUGACAAUCUAUAGUGGUAUUUAAAAUGUUUCAUGGGGAUAAUGGAUUUGACUUGUAAAUACAGCACAACAAUUUUGAAUUACAAAGGUGAAGAAAUUGUUCAAAUUGACCUGCUGCUUGAAAGCUUUCAUUAUAAAUGAAUAAAAAGGAACGAUAAAAGACUCAAUACUUGUAUUUGUAUAGUUAAUAAGAAACGACCACCAUAUGUAUUUGUACUUGUGUGGAUCUUAAUGAUAGGCACAAAAUUUGUAAUCACCACAUUUGAUUUGAAAGCAGUUUAAUGUGCAUUGUCAUCUGGUAAGUCCUUGUAAUUCUUCGAUUAAAUGGCUAUAGAAAAAGAGUGUAGCGUGUAAAUAUUUCAUCUUGAAAAACAUGGUAUCUGUAUUGAUUUAAAGGAAAAAGAAAUCCAAAAAAGUGCAGGAUGAUUUUUGAUAUGGAGUGAUAAGUCGAGUGUUUUCCAUUUGCACUGGCAUCUAUCAAUGGAAGUUUUUUUUGUAUCUAAUGAAUGUGAAAAUUUCACUCGAACUGGAUUCCAUAAAGUUCAAAACAAAGUUAUCUUUUUCAAACCACAAUAAAAGGGUAAAAUAAUUUCUAUAAUUAGGUCAAUGUAAUGAAGUAAGGAUAUUGAAAAGAAAUUUAUGGUGUUUUUUGUGUUCUUCAGUUUGGUUUGAGAUGACCUGCCCUUCUCAUAUGAUUAGUGGAAUUAAGUUACUACAGAAACAUUUUUUUUUCGUCUUACCAUUUUCGCUUCCACAUUUAUAAAGUUGAAAACCCUUGUCUAGCAUAUUUUGCUUCAGUCUUAAACAAGUUAGGUAAAAGGUCAUCUCUUUUGUGUAUUAUCUCCCAAAAAUCAUUCCUAAAAUCUGAAACUUCGCACAAUGUUUACGUUAAUUUUGGAAGAUUUGAUUGAUCAUUAUGCACAGGGAAAUCACAUUAUAUUCAUAAAUCCAGCUCGACACCUAUUGCUAAAAAAUGAAAAAUGUUGAAGUCUUUUUACAGACUGGAGUGCUGUAAAUUAAGUGCAUGCUACUUGUAUUUGAUUGAAUACAGAAUUAACAAUUGCCAUCAAUAAUACAUCCAACAUUGAUAUCUUGUGAAAAAAUAAGGGUGAAGAUGAAAUUCAUUUUUUUGUUAAUUUUGAAAUAUUACCAAGUGUGUGCUAGUAGCCAAUUUGACAGGUAGUUUGGAAAGGUAGAGCUUUGAUUAAUGGUGAAAUGAUUUGUGAUAUACUUUGAUAACAUUGCCAAGGCGGUUGAUUUGAGUUUAACUGAAGUUGUUCAGUAUUAUUAAAUAAUGUAAUUUGUCAAAAUUUAUUUUAUAUAUAUAUGCAUUUGAAUUGUGCAUAUUUUUUGUGUAAUUCACAAAAUACAUGCAUCAAUGUCUCUAGAGCUUUAAGUACUAAUAUUGUGAAAAUACGAUAAAAGUACGAGAGCUUUUUCCUGAUAUUUAAAUUACACCCUUGACUUUCUAAAACAGGUAAAAUGUUGUGAAAGUGAGUACAAUUAGUGUUGUUACAAACUAGGAACUGUGGAGGCAUCAGUUCCCAAGUCAUCUUUCAUUUACUCAUUUCGUUACUGUUAUACAUAUUGUUAACUUUUGUGAAAAAGUACAUCCCGGUAAUAUAACGGUGACAGUAGAGUAAUCAAAUUGUGGCUAGUCCUAAUUGUUAUAUCUACAUCUAUAUCCUUGGAGGUAUCAAAUUAACAGUUAAUGUUGAGAAAACAAAUGUAGUGAGUAGGUCUGGUAAACAGAUUACUCUUGUUAUUUUUUGCUAACAAGUUUUUAAUAGGUAUCUGUCCGACUACAUUUUUUCGCCAAGCUUCUCAACAAUUAUUGUUGAUAUAUUAUUAGCAAGAAAUUUCUUUCCAACAUUUGAUAGAAUUAUUUCAUUUCAGUCGUUCAGUUGAACCUUAUCACAAACUGUGAUAUCCGGAAUACCUGCUUUUCUUGAAAUCGUUUGUGCUCCAUUGUCAGUCUAUUGCUGUGUAAGUGUCCUGUUAUCUCGAUGUGUUUUUCGUCAGGACUUUUGACAUAACAUGGUUCAACUAAUAAAAAGUAAGAUGUUCAACAGCAAUAUUGACUUGAUGCCUACGAUCAGGGUGUUUGUGCUUUAUAUCCAAAACUCCAAUAUAGUCCAUUGAUCACUCAUUUAAAAAAUCAAACUUUGUUUUAAAGAUUAUAUGGUUUUAACAUGAUUUUUCCUAACGAUCAGUUCAAUAGAAUACAGCAUGAUCAUGAGUUUUCAGUACAUGGACUAGAUGUUGUAUCAUUUAAUUUGAUCUUCAAGACAUCACAUGUUUGCUGUGCAUCACCAAUUCUUCAUAACAGUAAUUGUUUUGUCAGCAACAUCUAGCUGUACAAUUUCCAGAUGUCAAGUUUUUGAAUUAAGAUAUUUUUUUCUCAACGAAUACUGCAGUAAAAUAGAAACGGUGAUAUCAAUGACAAGACAAUUAUAUCCUAUUUAGUGAUCAACAUAUUACAAAGUACCUGGUAAACAACUGGAACAAAGACUACAAAGCAAGUAUGCUCUGUGUAUCUGGUGUUGCUGGCGAUCAGGUUAAUAGUUGAUGUAUUCUGGUUUAAUAAAAAUACAAGUUUUACCCUUAUGUUUUCUGUAUACUUGUUUGGUCUUAUCAUUCCCAUUCUUAAAAGAAAUCUUCUAUGUAUAUAUAUGAAGGUGAUUUUCUACAACAUUUACAAGAAGGAAAUUCAAUGUUUUUGAGAAAGUUUCUGUGCUAAAUAUAAAUAGCCUUUUUACUAGUGAAUUAUUUCCCCAUUACACUCAAAUUAGAUUUAAUCAUUUGCUCAAAUCUUCAAUACUCUUAUAUAAUCUUGACACAUUCAGUUAGUGAUAAAUCAUAUACAAUGUAUAAUACCAAACUUUCUGGCAAUAUUUGAAUAUUGAGUUUUGAUAGAUGAAAAUAGAUUGUGUAGAUGUUAGAGUUCUACUUGUGUGGCUGGUUUUAUUUUUAAAAUGCAUCAAAUUUGCUAUUUUUGCUAUGUUUUUCUCUUUUCUAACUGAUUUCCAAGAACAAAAGCAUCAAUCUGUUCAACUAUGAAAUUAUUUCCCUCUGUUGGUGAGGAAAAGGUGUGUUGCCUGUAGAAACUUUCACAAAUAUUUUCAAGAUUUCAUUUGAAAUUUUAGACAACAUAAUGUCUGCUUUAAAAUGAUUUAAAUAUCUAUAUCCAUUUAUAUCUGGUGUUUGGGCAAAAUUAUAAUUUAACCAACGCAAGAUUUUUGUGUAAUUGUCUUGAAACUUGAGUUAGUACUGGUAGGUUUCGGGCUUUAAUGAUUUCAAGGCAACACCUAGGUAUAUGUAAGUCUGGAUGAAGUGGAAUGCUUUCAGAAUUGAUGUAUUUUUUCUAAGUGAAUUGGAGGAAGUUAUUUGGCAGACACUUUUGGAAUAAAACUAGAACAUAAUACAUGCAGUUUCUAAAAUGUCUCUUAGUUCCAUUACAAAUAGACAAUUAAUAGAAAUUGCUUUAGAAUCUACAUCGAUUUAACAAGUUUAAUUUGUUGCUGUUAAAUGAAGAACUAGUCCAAUUGAUUACAUUACAAUUUGGUGAUCUAUUUAAAGACACCAAUCUCAGCGAUAUGAUGGCACAAAAAGUGCAAAAGAAAAUGUGCAAUUUAUGAAACUUGCAAAUAUUGUAUGCUAUUAAUAGUAAACUAGUAAAGAGACUUGAGAAUGGUGUAACACUAGGUCUGUUGAGAAACACUAGUUUGUCAUGGAGUUUAUAUGUAUUUGUGGUAGAGGAUAAUAUCUCUACAUGUGAUAAUUAAAAAAUUGCUGGAGAUUGUAAAGUUUUGUUGCUAUGUUAUAUUUUUUGAAUCUUUCAUGAACAAUGCAAAGGGAAGCUUUUUUGCAGUAAAGAGUGCCAGAAACUUUGAA